AUGGUAGAAGAGAAUAAGAUCAAGAUAAAAUUCUUCACAAAUGAAGAAGAUGAGUCAUUACAAGUCUCUGAUUCUCCAUUAUUUGUUCCUGUCUCAUUAAAAAGAUUUGGUUUAUCAGAAGUUGUAAAUCAUUUAUUAGAAAAAGAUAAUGAAGAUCAAGAUGAAAAUAAAGUCAUACCAUUUGAUUUCCUUAUUGAUGGAGUUUUAUUAAGAACUUCAAUUCAAGAAUAUUUAACCAAGAAUGGAUUAUCUAAUGAAGCAUUCUUAACUCUUGAAUAUACAAGAGCAAUUUUACCACCUUCAUUCUUAGCUUCAUUUAAUAACGAUGAUUGGAUAUCUUCACUUGAUUCAAUAAAUCCAAACUCGGCAUCGGUUCUUUCAUCAAAUUUAUCAUUAACUCAACCGGAAAUAUUGUCAGGGUCAUAUGAUGGGAUUGUACGUACAUAUAAUAUGUCAGGAAAGGUACAAAAACAAUACGUGGGUCAUUCCGCAGCUAUCAAAGCCGUUAAAUGGAUCUCACCAACCAGAAUGGUAUCUGCAGGUAAUGAUAGACAAGUGAGAUUAUGGAAAACCUCGCAAGAGAAUGAUAUUGAAGAAGAAGAUGAUGAUGAGACUCCACAAGAAGGGAAAACCUUGGCUAUUUUAGAAGGACAUAAAGCGCCAGUUGUUGAUCUUGCCGUUGAAUUCAAAACAAAUCGUAUCUUAUCUGCAGCAUAUGACCAAACUAUUGGAUUUUGGUCUACUAAUUAUAAAGAAAUGCAAUCGAUUCAACCUUUGGAGUAUGAUUCUAAUGUUGUUUCUACUUCUUCCAAGAAAAGAAGAAAGAUGGCACUCCAAGAUGCAUCAAUCAGACGUCGUUCUCCGUUGGCUCUUUUGGAAGGACAUUCUGCUCCGGUUGAAGGUGUGAUAUUUGAUUCUCAAGAUUCUACCGUGGCAUAUUCCGUUUCUCAAGAUCAUUCGAUUAAAACAUGGGAUCUCGUUACUUCAAGAUGUGUAGAUACAAGAUCAACGGGAUAUUCAUUAUUAUCAAUAUUACAAUUACCAAGGUUAAAUUUAUUAGUGACUGGAUCUUCUGCCCGUCAUAUUAAUUUACAUGAUCCAAGAGUGAAUGCCACAACUACCGAACAAACAACUUCAAAAUUAGUAGGUCAUACCAAUUUCGUAGUAUCAUUAACUGCAUCUCCAUACAAUGAUAAUAUGUUUGCUUCUGCAUCACAUGAUGGAACAGUUAAGGUGUGGGAUGUGAGAGCAGAAAAAUCAUUAUAUACUAUCACUAGGGAAGAUGGAAGUAAGGCUAAGGUGUUUGAUGUUUGUUGGGAUAAUCAAAUCGGUAUUAUUAGUGGUGGUGAAGAUAAGAAGAUCCAAAUCAAUAAGGGUACUGAAAUCUCUAAAUAG